AUGGCUUCAUCUUCUGGUCCUCAAGCUUCGAAAAGCCGACAGUUUAUAGCUGUUAUUGGUGAUGAGGUGGGUUUACUAUCACCCUUUCUUCUCCUUUAUCUGGACAUUAGGCACUGAUGAUAUCGUAACAGGACUCCGUUACCGGCUUGUUGCUCGCGGGCGUCGGUCAUGUGACGGCUCCACCGAACGUCACCAAGAACUUCCUCGUCGUCGACGCGAAGACCGAGACGGAUAAGAUUGAGAAAGCUUUCGACGAGUUUGUCGGUAGGAAGGAUAUUGGGAUUUUGUUGAUCAAUCAACACGUAUGGAUCUUGGGGGUGUAGGCUGGUGACGGCAGGGAGUGGGGAAGCUGAUCGAGGGCCAAAUAACAGGUUGCAGAGAAGAUUCGCUACAGGGUCGACACAUACACCGCCGCGUUCCCGGCCGUCUUGGAAAUCCCGUCUAAAGAUCACCCGUACGACCCGGAGAAGGACAGCGUGCUACGUAGAGUGAAGAGGUUGUUUGGGGAAUAG